AUGCGUCUUCCGUCUAUUUCCUCGCUUCUCUGCUUCGCGGGCUUGGUCGCCUUACCCGUGAAUGCCUACGAUGACCCAAAUAUCAAAAGCAUCCCCCUUCGCACCCAUAGCCUCUCUCCGCCAUACCUCGAUUCAGACUUCCAAAGCCGCUGGUUCGACUUCGGAGGAGAUACAGUAAUCCGCGCUGACAAAUACGUUCGCCUCACGGCUGACCGGCCAUCGCAGCAAGGAUGGAUCUCCUCCCGCGUACCUCUGACCGCAACCAAUUGGCAGAUUGAGCUCGAGUUUGAGAUCCACGGCUCCGGCAACUUGCAUGGUGAUGGAUUUGCCCUCUGGCUCACCAAGGAGCGUGCCACACAGGGCCCUGUCUUCGGUUCGACAGACAGAUUCGAGGGUCUCGGUGUCUUCUUCGACACCUAUAAGAACAACCGCCCCGGUGUGUCGUUCCCUUACGUCAUGGCGAUGAUGGGCGAUGGGCAGACCUCCUAUGACCAGGCGCAUGACGGCAAGGCGAACGAGCUAGCCGGUUGCUCUGCUCGUGGUCUCCGCAGCGCCCCAGUUCCCACAAAGGCUCGUCUUACCUACUUCCAGGACAAGUCCCUGUCCCUGGAGCUACAGUACAAGUCCGAAGACACAUGGACCGAGUGCUUCAAUCUUUCCGCUGAGGAUUCUAACAUCGCCAUCCCCUCCGUCGCAUACCUGGGCCUCUCCGCCGAGACCGGCGAGCUGAGUGACAACCACGACAUCAUCUCCCUCAAGGCCGAGAACCUAUACUCACUUAACCGCGGGAAGACCACAGAAGACCGGUCCAAGGGCCGUGUCCGCUCCUCCCCCAAGCCUGUUAAGGAGCUCAAGGAGAAGAGUAGCUGGACUUGGUUCCUCUUCAAGAUCGUGCUGUUCUUCGGCGUUGUUGUCGGUGGUUACUUUGGCUGGACGGUCUACCGGACCAAGACCCGGUCAUCGCGUUUCUAA